AGUACAGUGCGUGCUGUUCACGGCAGUAGAUUAACAAUGAGACCGGCAGAGAUUUAGAAAAUGGAGACAGAGAAUAUAAUCAUAGUGAGCGUGUUCGGCGGGGUGUGGCUGGUGCUGUUCAUCAUCAGCGUGGUGCUGUGCGUGCAGGUCUCCAGGCUGAAGAAAACCAUCUCCGACAUGCAGGCCACCGGCAGGAUGCGAGUGCAAAGGUUAAAAAUGAACAAUGACAAGAACCACGCGUUCCACAACCCCGGCCUGGUGCCGGAUGAAGAGUUAUCGCGGCGAGGGUUCGCCAUGUACUCUCCUGAUGAUGUGGAGGCCAGCAGAAACCCUCGGUCAGACCCGUACCGACAGACGGACGGGCGCUUCGUAGAAGAGCUGUCGCGAGAACUGGAUUCUAGACAGAGGCAGUCGACCGCUCCACCCUUCUUGUUGCAGAGCAUAGAGGACAAUAAGAGGAAGAGCAUGAACUACACUUUGUCUGACGGGCGACAAAGCCAAACCAACCCUAACUUCAUAUACUGAAGGCACAAAAUAAUCUCGCAAACAUAUGGCGUGGACGCGACGCCAUAAGUUUGAGAGACAAUGUCUUGUUAACGUCAGACAAUAUUUGGGAAGCACUGAGUGAAAAUACAUUGAAAUCUUUUUCACCAAUUUUCGUAAGAAAAUCGCUGUAAAAGUUUAUCAGUUAGUUUUUAUUUAUUUAUAAGGAUUUAAUUAUAAUUGUAUUUAAUAUGAG